AUGAGAAACCAAACAGUAACAACAUUCAUUCUCCUGGGUCUAACAGAUGAUCCAAAACUUCAGGGUCUGCUUUUAAUUUUUUUGUUUUUCACUUAUUUACUGAGUAUAACUGGGAACUUGGCUAUUAUCUCACUUGUAUUAAUUGAUUCUCACCUUAAAACAGCAAUGUACUUUUUCCUACAAAAUUUUUCCUUCUUAGAAAUCUUAUUCACAUCAGCUUGUAUUCCUAGAUACUUGUAUAACCUAUCAACAGGCGACAAGACGAUUACAUACUGUGCCUGUGCCAUUCAAGCAUUUUUUACUGAUCUUUUUGGAGUAACUGAAUUUUUUCUCCUGGCCACCAUGUCCUAUGACCGCUACGUGGCCAUCUGCAAACCCCUGCAUUACACCACCAUCAUGAGCAGCGGAGUCUGCCGAAGAUUCAUCCUCUGCUGUUGGAUGGCCGGCUUGUUAAUCAUACUCCCACCAUUUAGCCUGAGCCAAAACCUAGAGUUCUGUGACUCUAACAUCAUUGAUAGCUUUCUUUGUGAUGUGUCUCCUUUCCUAAAGAUUUCAUGCUCAGACACGUGGAUCAUUGAGCAGAUGGUUAUAGCCUGUGCUGUCUUGACCUUCAUCACAACCCUUCUUUGUGUAGUUCUCUCCUACGUAUACAUAAUCAAGACCAUUCUAAGAUUCCCUUCUGCCCUGCAAAGGAAAAAAGCCUUUUCUACCUGCUCUUCCCACAUGAUUGUGGUUUCCAUCACAUAUGGCAGCUGCAUCUUCAUCUAUAUCAAACCUUCAGCAACAGAAUCUGUUGCUAUUAACAAGGGAGUGAUAGUGCUAACUACUUCCAUUGCUCCUGUGCUGAACCCAUUUAUUUACACUCUGAGGAACAAGCAAGUAAAGCAAGCCUUCAAGGACUCAGUCAAAAGAAUCACAUUAUUGUCCAAGAAAUAA